AUGGCCCAGUGUGAUCACGGAGAAGAGAACCAGAGCUCCCUGUGCAGCAGCGGCGACAUCCUCGCUAAUCUGCACUCCUACUUUGGGAAUCCUCAUCUCGUGAAUAGUUUAGUAUCACAUAUAUUAACCACAGAGACAAGCGAGCAGCUUCCUUCUCUGGAGGCCGAGGAUAGUGGGAGCCAUGAUGAGACCAGUGACCCCAUGAACCAGCUGGACAAUGGCAGUUCUUGCACAGACACGUCUUCGGCUUUAACGCACAUGUGGAGUUUUGGGAAAAUGCUAUCUGUGGCAAAGUUGUUCUCAGCUCCUAGACUUGAUGAAGAUGUCUCAUCUUUGUCCUUGUGUGAUGAGGAUGAGACUGCAGAGGGGGAACGAAAGGACGACGAGAAGGAAGAGCUGAGAAUAUCAUUCCAGUCAAAGUACAUCCAGAUUGUGCCAUUGUAUCAGGAUUAUUGUCUGCAGGAGGUGAAGAGGGGAGUGCACAGGCUGGACAAGACCUUUCUGUCUGAACUGAUAUCGCCUCAGUAUGUGCAGGGUCUGCACUCCCGUCUCAGCCCCUUUCUGUCUGCUGAGGCCACGUCCUCUCCGUCACGACUCCCUGAAGUCGCCCUAUCCUCGCCUCCACCUCAGCCUAUCAGGGUAACGCCAUGUACACUGUGGCACGAUCUGGACGAGGUGAAGGCGUCUGGCCUGCUCGACCGCUUGACCCCCAAAGAGAUUCGCCUUCAGGAGUCCAUGUUUGAGUUGAUCAGUUCCGAAGCGUCUUACUUGAGGAGCCUUGGAGUUGCGGUCGAUCACUUCUACGCGUCCAAGACUCUGAAGCAGACCCUGCCUCAGAUGGAGCAUCACAUUUUAUUUUCCAACAUCCGUCACGUCAGGGCAGCCAGCGAAAAAUUUCUCAUGGACCUGGAGAUACGACUGGGAGAGUGUGUGUUAAUAUCUCAGGUCGGGGACAUCGUUCUCCAGCACGGCCCAGAGUUUCACAAACUCUAUGUGCCAUAUGUGACCAACAUGAUGUAUCAGGAGGCUCUAGUCAACCAGCUGCUGCAGCAAAACCGAGACUUUGUGUAUUCACUCAAGAGGCUCGAGAGUGACCCAGUGUGUCAAAGACAGAACCUCAAGUCAUUCCUCGUGCUUCCCUUCCAGAGAAUUACUCGCAUUAAGCUUCUACUAGAGAACAUCCUGAAACUGACACAACCAGACUGUGACUCAGUGCCAAAUGUGGAAAAAGCAAAAGAAGCUGUUCAUGAGAUUGCAGCAGAUUGUGACAAGGGCGUCCGCAAAAUGAAACAAAUCGAAGAGCUGGUCUACCUUGAAAUGCUGCUGGAUUUUGGUAAAGUGAAGUCCGUUCCUUUGGUUGUAAGUGAGCGUUUCCUGGUGCAUCAAGGUCCCGUGAGACAGCUGACCUUGGAGGGCACUUACAACUCCAGGCCAUCAUUCGUCAGUGUCUACCUCCACCUCUUCAAUGACCUGCUCAUCAUCUCUCUUAAAAGGGAUCAAAGGUUCAUAGUCAUGGAUCACACCGUGUUCCCCACACACGUGCGCAUUGAGCACCUGAAGACCGAAGUCCUGAGUUUACCCCCAGAAUCCUUCCUGCUGCAUCUCUUACACAGCCGCACAGGACAUCCCACAGCCAUGAUACUCGUGACAAACACAAAGGCAGAUAAAGAGACAUGGAUGAAGCUGCUGUCAAGUACACAGUGAUGGAACAUGAGACUUUAGAUGCCACGCUUUUUUUUUUCUUUUUUUUUUUACUUGCACACUUCCAGUUGUGGUAAUUGACACUAACGUUGUUCACCGUUGAGCUUUAUCUGCACUGAAUGUUCUAGACAAAGGAAAUGUGACGGCACUGAUGAUUCAAAUAAGCACUGAACUCUCCACACAGCAGACGCACAUGAGGUGAAGGGAAACUUUUAUACUUUUUUUUUUUUUGCUGUUGCUCGUAUUUAAUACCUGCCUUGUUUUUAUAAAUUACGGAAAAAUAAAAUAAUCUGAUCAAGCCAAACUUAUACAGCACAUGCCUCAAUCCAUGUCAUGAUAAAUGGCUAACUGGGCAUUUACAGUAAAAUUAAUCUGUUUUGACUGAGCAAAUGCAUUUUCAGAUAAAGUAAAAUUUUCUACAGCAGCUAUAGAGGGGGGAAAAAAUGAAUUCAGUGAUUUACAAACACAUGGGUAUUAAAUACAAGGACACAAAUCACAAAGAUUAGGAGAAAACAUUGUAAAUGUAUGCAGAACUCAGGAAACUGAGCACCCUAAAAGACAUGCACGGAGCAAAGGCAAAAAAGUGAGACAGUUCUACAGUGUUUGAGCCAUUACUUUAAAGGCCCUUCACUUUUUACUGCUGUGAGAUACUCAUCAUGCCCUGGUCAGGAGACCCAAAACUGGUGAUUAGGGACGGAGAAGUCA